UGAAUGGAUGCAUUCGUCACCCACCUCGCAUACGAAAGAGCGCGGCAACCACGGACGACAAGGAAGAAGAUCGGAUUCCAACACAUUCAACUAGGGGCCUCUUCCGUCUUCCAUAGUGACUCACAUCGCUCCAUAUACGCGCCCCCAACGGCGACACACACAAACGCGCGUGCGCGUAUAUUUCGCAAUUGUCGCACAUGAUCGCCGGCUUCUGUCGCUUUCCGCUCUCCCCACCACCGCCUGCCCCUUUGAUUUGACCAGAGACCAGAGCGCGCACGACACGGUCUAUCUCUACGCGACUCGCUCUCUGCAGCGGCCGCCACCUGAAGCUUCUGCCCGUUUGGCCCCGCCGCCUGCGUCCCCAACCAAAGGCCCCCGCCUGGCGUUGGCGCAGGACUGCCAGUCGCCUACCUUUACCACUACCAACAACCGACGCCACCAGCACCGUUGCGACUGCCAUCAUGGGAAACUGCUGCGGAAAGCCCGAAUCGGACAACUUCGCCUCCCAGGGCCGCGUCCUCGGCUCCGCUCCGCCCAGACAGACCACGGCCUCCAUCCCGGCUUUGGCCAUUCGUCCUAAGCCCCCAAAGGUCGGUGGCCCGCCCCGUACCCUCGGCGGUGGUGGCGGCGGAGGUGGCGCGAGCAGUAGCGCGUCCUCCACCAGCGCCGAGGACGCGAGGAGGAAAGCCGCAGAGGCGGCUGAGGCCCGCGCAAAAGGCAAGUCGGCAGGGAAACUUGGGAGCCAGCUCGAGGUUCAGAAAAAGAAAACGAGGAACGAAACCCUGAAGGAGGUGAGCGAGGAGAACCGCCGACUGAGAGACAUUGACGACCAGGCCAAGGCCUUGAGCCAUAACUGAGGCCAAUGUCUUCGAGCUACCCAUUCCCAAUAUAUCCAUCCAUCAUAUCCAAUCUUAUUCUUUGCCUAUCUACUACUUAUUUCCAGCCUAGCCUAGCCUAUCCCCCGGCCUUUCCCUUCCAUCCCCCACUCAUGUUGCGCCUUUUUGUUUGCCGGGUCUCUCUUUCUGCGGGCGCACAGAACGAAUCAGACGAGAUAACCCCCGUCAUACCGCAUUAACCGUUGAAUAUAGAGAUUAAUACAUGUAUGGACUAUAUAUGUAACACACCCUGGGCCUCCUUUGCGGCCAACACAGCCC